AUGUCAAUCUGUUCUUUAUCUGGCGCUCUCUUCUACGGAGACUGCGCCGGCUGCACUUUGAGAAACAACUCGGAAGCCAUGCCGAAGUACGAAGCAGUUCAGACCAACAACAACUCCACAGUCACCACUACCAACAACAAUCAUUUUGUGAGACAAAUCAAAGAACCGACAACUUCAAUCAGUAGCAACGUCAACAAAAACACCAACAAAGACAAAAUCAUGGGCGAUAAUAUAUUCUUGCCUCUAACGGUGACGACCCCGAAAUGUCGUCUGCAAGCCAUUCAGCGAGGAGUUCGAACACGGAUGCAUAUGCCGAAAGACAUGGCUACCUCUCAUUGUUUCGUGUUUUUCGAUUUCGUGUGA